GGUUUGGGUUCUAUCCAUACGGCAAGGCUAUUAAUUAAUAAGGUGGUAAACUAUGAGUCCAAAUCAAAGUACAUUUUGAGCCGGUCUUCUCAAAUCCCAAGUAAAAUGUCAACAGAAUUGCAGUGGAGAAGGCGAUGGAAACCGAAUUUGCAUUCAUCUCCAUGGAAACAGUUAAAUAUUGAUAAUGCUAACAAGUAUUUAUUCAAGAUUAAAUUUGAUGACAAUUCGUAUGAGUUCCUGAUUACAGAUAUGACGAUGUUUUGGUAUGAAAGCAUAGGUGGCGAAGGCUUGAAAAAACGAUUUAAUGUAAGUAAAAUCAUAGUAUUAAAAUGAAAUCAUAUCAUGACACGAGUAUGAAUAGUUCUAGUUUAUGGAAAUAGCCAAAAGUUUGACAGUUAUCUGGCUAAUCUAUUUCUGUGUAAAGUGUAAACAGGCUACUAGUGCAGUUUCCAACCAGCCAACCCAGUUUCAAAUGUCAAAUUUAAAUUAUUUAAAAAUUAAGUCUAAGAAUAAGAAAGGAAAGAAAGGAAAUGAUUGAAAUUGAAACAAAAUAUGUGAAAACCAGAAAAAGAAAAGCAAGAAAACAACAAGCGUGUAGGCAGGAAGCCUUCAUCAGCAAAUAAACAACAAAAAAAAGCAGAAUUAAAUUUUAAAUUAUCACUUAUCCAAGCUGAAAAGUAGUAUCCCAGAGGGCAGCAAAAGAAUUGUGAUUUUUUUAAAUUUAAUUCUGUUUUUCUGUUGUUUGUUGGCUGACGAAGGCUUCUUGCAGCCUUGUUUUCUGUUUUGUUGCGUUCCCUUUUCAGGUUUUCACAUACUUUGUAUUGCUUAUUUUCUUUUUUGCUAACCUAAUUGCAGUCUGUCCCCCUUAUUACCAUAUAAGUAUAAGAAAGAAGAUCUAAAGGUUCUAAAGGCUAAAGGUACAUUCACAAUGUGGAUUUGAUGAAGCCACAAAUCUCAGACGUCUCAGUGGUGAAUCCAUGUUGCGAAACCAUAACACUGAGUUUGAGCAGGCACAGCUAUGACAUGUUAAUUCAUAAUACAUUAAUUUUAAAUGCAUGUGUACUAGCCUAUUUGUCAGAAAACUGUGGCUCUUUUUAAAUGAUUAAAUUUGGCUUUUUUUCUUUUGAUAUGAUUUUACUUAUUAUACUAUAACCACACAUGCAAGGGAAAUUUAAAGAUAAAAUUAUAAAAUCUUGAAUUAACUCCAUUUUUUAAAACAAGACAUUGUUCCUUUAAAAUCUUUUCUUGUCUUUCCCACUCCAAUAAAGCCAAAUCUUCAAACUACAAAUUAUCGGUCUAUUACUAUGGAAUACAACUAAUAAUUAAAAUUUAUAAACAAGUCUGUUGAUAUUAAAUUUGUUGUGCAAUUUUUUUGUGGCUACUCCAUUUUCUACUGGUUACUAUGUUACUAACUUGUCAAAAGAUUACAAUGAAUGUGCAUUGAUAUGAUGAGAUUAUUUUUGUAAAAAUUGACAGCAGACAAUAUACUGCAACACUCAACAAACCUGUGAAAAUUAAAUUUGUUGCCCCCGUUUUUGUUGCAGCGAGUGGUAUGUGGUCACAGAAAGUAACAAAUCUGCAUUAUGAAUGUACCUUAAACUUAAAGAGUAAAGACCAAAGGCAAAAAUAACUCCAAUAUUAUUAAACUUACUUAUAACUUAUUUUAUUAAAAUACUAUAUAAUAUAUCAUAAUAAAAAUAAUUUCUCAAUACAUAUGAAUUUUAAACCUCUAGUGAAAAUAUUUGGGUAAAAUCAUAUUUUAGCAUCUUAAUAAAUUAAAAUACAAUAUUUGAUGUAAAUUAACAAUAUAAUAGACUAAUGGGAAAAACAAUAAUUAAAAAAGUUUAAAUAAUUUUUACUUUCAAAAACUCAUUACUAAAUAACUUUUUGUAAUCUAUUGAUUUGAUGCUAAGAACUAAUCAGAGUAUUUUUGCUUUGAGUGCCAAGUAAUUUUAUUUUUAAAUCAUCUUUUAUAGAACAACCUCUGCUGAUGUCAGGUUAAUUUUUUCUGAUAAUUUUUAAAAUAAUUUACUUCAUUAGCUAAAAAUGAUAUAGAGAAAUUGUCUGUGUUUUAUUGAGCUUUUUGGUAUACAAAGGUCUACCUCUAAAAAUUAUAUGCUGAUUUUGACUACUUCUGGUCAUCCACACUUAUUGAUGCAUAGCUAAGAGAUACAAUAAAGUUACUUAGUUUGCCUUUUCAUAUCAUGUUUAGGCAACAAAAUGGUCAGAUGUAAAUAACAGUAGUACGUAACCUGAUAUCAUAACAAUUUACCAAUACAUAAUACUAUGAAUUCCAAUUUGAUCAUAUAAACCUCUUAUGGUGUUUGAAAAUAGAGGUGCACUGUAAUUUUUGCACCCAUUACCCUUCCAUUUACCAGUCUGUGAUAAAUUCACAUUAUUGAUAAGCUUUAUAACAUAUGAGUAUGAGAAAUAGAAGAGUUUCUGAACAAUCUUUUAACAACUUUUUGUAGAAUUAAUUGUAGGCUGGUCUAUUUCCAGUUGUCUUGACUAAGUCUUGCCAUUGGAACAAUUAGGCGGAUGAAUUGAGCAACUUUCCCUCACUUUAAAACAAAAUACAGCUCAAGUCAAGGCUAUACACAAUUCUAAGCCCUGGUCAUCAUUGCAUGCAAAGGAUGAACAAUAAUAAUAUAUUUUAACAAAAUGGCAAAGUCAUUGUACUAAAUGUUUGUGUGGCUGCAUGAAUUUUAAAACCUUUUUUUUAAAAAGAUUGUUACUAGGGACUUUUUCUUUAAUUAACCUUCGAAAAUUUAAAAAACAAAUUAUUUUAUACAUUUUAUUAUAUUAUAUUGAUACAAUUUAUUUUUAAAGAUUUUUCAUAUGUUUCUCAUAGAAACUGAAUCCAUGUGUUGAAGCAUCACUUCGUACCAUUUUGGACCAGAUCCAUGACAACAUUUCAAAUCCAGGCAAAGAAACCAAGCUCACUUCACUUAGAAGAGAUGACACAUUUAUUUUAAAUAUUAACUCCCAUUUGGAGGGCAUGCCUUUCAGCUAUACCUGUGAAGCAGAGUUGGCAAACAAUGAAACAGUUUGUAAAUUUUUAUUUAAUUUACAUAUAAAUUCUAAUUUUAAAAUGACAUCUGUUUAACUGUACUUUAUUAACAUAACUAUAACUUAAGUAGACUAGAAAACAGAAAUAAAUAUGUACUUCUAUGACUUCUGAAUUUUUUAUAUUUUUUUUAAUGAAUUAUUUUAAAGGGACGGGACCACUUAACCAUUCCUCUCAUGGCAAUGGUUGGAGAACUAUUUAGACAACAGCAAGAGCUAUUUAAAAUAUUGGUUGCCAAGGACAAACAGAUUGAUGAUUAUAAGUCUCAAGGUGCUAAAGUCUCAAGAAGUAGGUACUGGUGAAAGAAUUUUUAUUAAACAAACUCUAAAACCUGACCAAAAUAAUUUUCUAGACAUCCCAAAAUAUAUAGUUCAUCUCCAGUCUUAAAAAGGGAUUAUCCUAAAGUUAAAUUGUAGUUUUGACAAACUGAACUUUAUCUUCAUUAUUCUGUGUCUUCCUGUAGUUAUUAAUUAGUGGAAACAUUUUCUGAUAAAAUUAAACUACGUUCAAGCAGUUUGUAUUGACCUAGAAUAUCAAACUUCAGCAUGCAAUGUUAUAUUUAGUUACCAUAUACACUAGGUUUUAUCUGUCCAUUUUUUUCUUAUUUGGUUUAUGGCUUAAAAGACAAGUGGACUUUUACUGUGAAAUGAUUGGGUCAAGAUCUUUACCAUUGACUUUAAGAUUGACUAUCUCAAUCAGAAUGCAUUUCCUGGGUCUGGCUUUGCCAGUCAGUUGUUUGCUUUAACUAUUUAAAAACAGGCUUGAGUUCAGAGCAAAAUAAAAAUUAUUCAAAUAAAUCUUUCUGUAAUAAUCAAUAGAAUAAAUGAAAAUGCAUUUCUCUCUUCUUUAAAUGUCAAUUCAAUGAAGAAUUUAUAACAAAUUUUCAUUGCUUUAGUUGUCAAAACACUUUUUUUCUAUUAACAGAAUGGUUAGAGACUGCUCCUUUUGAUGAUGUGGCAUUCUGCAAUAGUAUGGUAACUUCCAAGGUGUGUCAGGAAGAGGAAAAAAAAAAGCACUUUGAUUUCAAAAGCAAAUUACUGUCUUUAAAUAAUGUCCUUGGGACUUUUAUGUUUGUUCCGAAAACCACCUAAUAAAAUGAGGAUAGUACUACUGCUACCAUUGAAAUUCUGCUGGAUUGUUUCUAUCCCAAUCAUGAAAUAGUUUUUGUUACAUUGCCAUAAGUGAAUCAAAAUAAGUGAUUUUUAAAUUAAAAACCAAAAAUUGGAAUCUUGAGAAAAUUGACCAUGAGAGUAAAUUUAGGAACAUGAAUACAGGUAGAUUCAUGAUGUAAACUACUGGUGAAAGUGAAAGAGAUUUUCUUAAAAGUGGGCAGAUAUAUGAAUGUAAGUCUUAUCCUACAAUUGUGAAUCUUAUGACCUGAAUUGGCAGUAAAAUUGAACAUUAAAACAUGAAGACCUCUUUUUUUUUUUCCCUCACUUAUUUUUUUCUUUUGGGUGGGAGUGAAAUUAAAACAUUUUAAGUGAUCAGGUGGAGUCUGGGAUGAAAAAAAAAAGCUUGUUAUGACUCAUUCCAUAUAAGCACAUAUGGGUGUGGUCUGCUCAUUUGUUAGGUAACAUUAUUAGGAUUAGGCUUGAGAUGUUAAAAUCAGAUUGUUUUGGCUAAUAUGAUAUGGAAACCAGUUGGUUUUUUUUUCAAUGAAUUCCCAAUCACUUUCAACAGCUAAAACACUAUUAUUGUUUAACUUUCUUAAUUUGGAUCAAGUGAUGCAGUAUCACAGGCAUUUGAGGAGGACCGAGAAAUUCGGAACAGGAAGCAAAAUUUAGACCAAAAAAAUUGGUGGGGCUAGUGUUUUGAAAUUUUCCUAAGGUAUAAUACUAUGAACAUUCAAGAGCUUUAUGAAAUUUAUGUUAACUUCAUAAACAACACCUUAGUAUCAGACAGUUUCAAAAGGGAGAAACUUUACAAACAUAAAAAAACGGUCAUUAAAUUAAUUAGCUUUGAAAUUCUGUGAAACUUUUCAAAAAAGUUAAUUUUUUUCAGGGCUUUGAGGAACAAAUCAAAACAUAUGGGGAGAAAGCAUUCACUUCGACUGCGCAAGAUUUAUACAGAGAAAUUAAUACCAAACGUGCAUGGCUGCUCAGCUCUCCUAUUAAAGGUGAAAGUAAGAAAUUAAGACAUUUAAUUUGUAAUAUGAAAAAUAUUUUCACAAAACCACAAGCUAAAAUAAAAAAAUCUUCCUUAACACUGUUUGUACUUUAGCUAUGAAUUAUUCAACUUAACUUUGUUUAUAAUUUAUACUCAAGCAAUGAAUUAUUCAACUUAACUUUUUAAAGUUUGAACUAUUUGAUUCUUUGGUUCAUUUAGAUGCUGAACGUGAUCCCUCUGAGAGCUUAAAUGAACCACCAGAGGGCCCCAGUGUAGAAUCUUGGUCUAACCGUGUACCAGCAUCAAUAGUUCCGAAAAAUAUUUCACCCUCUAACUUUGCAUCUAGCAGAGUUUCUCCUGAAAAAUCUUCAAAUUGUUCAGAAUCUGUUCAAGGAUCUAAUACUGAGACGCCUGUUAAAGUAAGUAUAUGUUUUGCUUGUUCUCUUUUGUGUUUUGUUGAUUUUUUACUUUUUCAAAUUACAUACAGGUAUUUAAAUUGGAAUUAUCUUAACAAUAACACUGGUUGUUUUUCCCUUUUUAAAAACAAUCUUUUUGUUAAGUAUGUAAUUAAUCAAUCAAGCGAAGUGUUUUUGUAUAAAUUCUUUAUAAAAUUAUUAUUAUUAUUUAUAAUAUGGAGCAAUGGGGUUGGGGCUGAAAAUUUGACAAAACAUGCAUUUAAAUAACAGGCACUUUAAAAGAAUCCCAUUUAGUGCCGCCCACCCCCCCCCCCCCCCCCCCCAACCGCAUAUUUUUUCUUGCCCCUAAAAUAUAUUAAUAUUCUUUUGCCCAGCAGAUUUAUUACACCAUUUUCGUAAAACAAAAGAAAACAUUACGCACUUGUGAUAUUUUUAAGAAUCUCAUUUUGCGCAGUUAACAGGAAUUUUAUUUCAUUAAUUCUCUGUAAUUAUCUGGUAGAGUUAAAAAUGAUUUUUGGGGGUGGUGGGGUAGGGCUGAAGAUUUGGCAGAAUGUGUUGUCAUUGGCAAUGAGUUUAUGAGCCAAGCUUCAAUGUGAUAGGCUGAAAGGAAGUGGGUAAAUUAGCCUUCCAGGAUUUCGCCAUCAUCUCAGAAAUAAAGAAAUACACAAACAAAAGCAAAGUUAAUAUAAAAUAAUAUAAAAGAUUUUUAAAAAUCUGAAAACGUUAUCAUUACUUAAUUUAAGAAAUCAUUUAUAUUUAGAAUAUUGAUAGUAAAUGAAACAAGUCAUUUAAAUUUGAUGUUUAAAUACUCAAUAUUUAUUCGCAUGCAGGAUUCAGAGUUUCUCCGUCGUCAGGCGUUGGAAAGGAAAUUGGAGCAAGAGGCAGCAAAAGAAAAAGUGAAGAAAAAAAAGAAAUUGAAAUUUUAGACUUUAACUUCUAUUUGUUACUAGUGUUUGUGUUUAAAUUUGUAUAUAAUUAUUGUUUUUAAAGAGUGUCAUUAACAUUUAACAUAGCAUCUGGCGAUGAACUUAGUCUCAAGUUGGGUUUUGUAACAUUCCUUGGAAAAACAUGUGACUCCUUAUUCAGAUUAAUCACAAUUUUUUGGCUCCUAUAAAUUUACAUUAGUCAAUAAUUGAGGAAACUGAGGGAGGUUGAAAGCUAUUUAAAUUUACAUUGCUUCAUGUGAUAUUUUAGUUAUGUGAAUUACUAAUAUUUAUAAAUGUUAAGACUUUGACCUUAUACAAAAUGUAUACAUUUGUAUAUCUUUAGUUGAUGUUAUAGAAAAGUUUAUUGAUAUAUUGUAAAAUGAAUUUUAAAAAAACAACAUAAGUAAACAUAAUUGAUAAGUAUGUUUUUAUUUCAAUAUUGCAUCUAACAAGUCAUGAAUCAUAAAGUAAUUUUAAAAAAUCAUAUUUACAAAAGAUGUUUUAUCAGAUCUCUCUUUCUCUCUCACACACACACAUUCACAAACUUUUACUGCUUGGCUAACAACAGUCAUUCAUUCACAUUUUCAUUAUUGUACUUUUUCUCACUCAAGUCAAUGUUACAAUUUAUCAUUUUUAAUCAUCUCAGAAAAUUACAUAAUCAUGCAGAGGAAAUUAAUUUUCAUCAUUAACUCUAACCCUUGUCAUUACUUCUCCCAUGACAACUGAUGCUAAAUCUUCUUGACUUGCUUUCAACCUUUCACCUGCAGAAAGAAUACACAAAUUCUUGACAAAUACCUCACAAUGGAUUAUAGAAAUAACUAAAAGCUUUAAGAUAAAAUGAAUUUUUAUUUAUAAAAUAUAUUUUUUAAGCUGCUGUCAAAUAAUUUUUUUUUUAAACUCAAGGCAAUAGACACAGAAUUAAUUCAUGAGAAAACAAGUUCUCAGAAAGAGAUUGCAAACUGGUAAAAAAUAAAUAAAUACUUUCAUAUCAUGUGGUGCAAUAAAGCCAUGAAUUAAAAUAUAUCGCCUCAUAUAUUUACAUAUAUUUUAAAUUACGGUAACUUACUUGUUCACUGCAUCAUCCCAUUUUGUAAGCUUAAUAUUUCAACAUAUUUUUACAAUUGUGUGAUCAUGCUUAACUUCCUACCCCAAAUUACUGUUUCUUAAAAAGUCAUGCCAAAUUUUUUAUCACAGUUGAUUUUAUAUCACAUUUGCAAUUAUAUCAAUUUAAUAUUUAUUAAAAAUCAUAUUUUCCAAGAUUCAAAGGCAAAUUUAUUAUACUGUCUUUCUCCUACAAACUUUGACAACAAAAGAAGUCUACAGAAAGUGUUAAAGAUUUUUAUGAAUCAUACACAAAAAAAUAAAACUUAAGUUUGUUUCAGGAUUUAAUCAAUAGCUUCUUGAGGAAGUAAGUGACUAAAUAGUUUUAUAGCAGAGCAAAUUCUUACGGAUCAAUUCAGCAAUCGCUCUUUGUGUUCUUUUUUCCAACUUCUCAAUUUUCUUACUGACAUCUCGUUUUAAGUCCCAGUCAGGUUUACGUGGGGCUAAGUUGCUCAAAUCCUUUUAAGAAAAUCGAAAUUUUAAAGUCAUGUUUAGAAUAAUCAAAUUCAAUCUAAUAAUCGUUUUUAAAAAGUCAUUGUGAGGAAUUUAAUCUAAAUUUAUUUUGGGAUAGUAAGAAACUGUAUUUGAUAUGUACAAUUUAUAAAAACAUUUAUGCAAAAAUCGAAUUUCAUUUCCAUUAUUUAUCACGUAGACUAAAAACCUAUUUAUAUUACCAAUGAGCAGCUUCAGUUCUAUAAACAUUUUUGACAAUUCAUUUAUUAAAUAGACCAUUUAAAUUGAAUUAUAUUUUCAUAUCUCUGUUGCUUAUAUACUUAUAUGACAUUAAAAAAAAAAGAAAUGCAAUUGAAAUUCUUAACUGUAACAACUUCUGUAGCAACAAACAUGAAAAAACUUACCACUUUACAAAACUUACCACUUCUGUAACAACAUGAUCUGUUUUUCCAGCUUCCAACUGAUCUUUUAUAGAUUCUUUCACUAUAUUCAGAAAAAAAAUUAAUAGUCAAAAUAUAAUUAAAGCAAGCUGUUUUGAAAAGGCCCCCAAAUGUUGCAAACUAGUCCUUCUUAGGACUAGUUCACAAUUUAAAAAAACUCCUGCAGUAGGUACGUUUACUGAACGGACUGUUCAACUCUGUACAACAAAUGCUUUCUUCCACAUUGGAUGAUAAUCAGUAAAACACCAGGUUGCAAAUAGUACAGUUCUUUAUUUAGAGCUACGCAAGUAUAAUAAUUUAUAAAAUCAAAAAAGGAACACCUGCCUUGCCAGAAGUCUCAGUCGAUUUGAUCAAUAUCUUAACAUUACACAAUGACUCUAAUACCCUCCAGCUAGAAAAACUCACUGCCAACAUAGCUUAACACACUAACAGCACUCUAACAUUAAAUACUUGCAACCUGUAUCUACACAGCAAAUUGCCUCAAUUGUUUAUUGCCAUUUACACCUCGACCAAUCACAUAAUUAGGUCUAAGUAAACAAUUCACCCCCGGCUCAUCACAUUCCAUCCGCAACCUGACCACACUUGUGAAACCAGUUCAUAACACAAUCAAUAUUUUUUUUCAGAACAUAUUUUUUUAGACAUGCCAUGUUAAUUCUCUUUUCACCUUUUGUAUUUGUAGUGCUUGAAACUUAUCAGCAAGAAAAAUCUUUAUAAAAAAAAACAAUCCCUACACCUACCAUAUGCAAUUUUUGAAAUAGAUUAAAUGCUUUUAUCAUAUCCUUGACAUUAGUCAAAGUUUUCAUUCUAGUGCCAUUAAUUUUAAAAAUUAUGGUUGACAUUCAUUCUUACCAUCUGCAGGUUUCACAGCCUCUUUUGUCUGUUCCUUUAAAGAUUGAC